AACCCUCCCCCUCCCCCGCCACCUCAGGGCUUCCUCUACCACCACCGCUCCUUCCCGCCGAGGCCCGCUUCCCGGCCUCCCCCGGCCGCCGCCGAUCAGGCCGUCUCGGUGGCCAGUCCGGCCGGGUACAUCCGUAACACGACCCCCACCGCCGUCAUGACCUUUGCUGCCGUCACCCAGGCCAGGCCCUUCGUGUACGGCACUUCCGAUCAGAUGGUCGCGCAGGUGCACGUGCCGAUCCACCACGUGAGGCCGCCUCCCGCGCCUUCAGCUCAGCAGUCCGCGACGCCUCUUGUGGUCCCGAGGCCCGCCGUCGCCGCCGCUGGCCCUCCACAGAGCAUUCCAGUAGCCGCCCUACCAAAGGUAACGCUACUCCCAUCAGUAUCCUCAACGCAAGAAAACAAAAAUGUUAAGGAGUGGUAAGUGGCAAAUCCCAUUAUUUCUUUACGUGUUUGUGUUUCUGCCUGCAAGCACUGAUCGGACUGAAUUAUGCAGGAACAAGAUUAGGGAAGAUGAUAUUUUCAUGAUUAACGAUCGAAAAGUUAGAGUACUGGAUGGAUGCACGCCCUCUCUCUAUUCUCUUUGUAGAUCAUGGGUGCGGAACGGUCAGUCUCAUGAAAUUCAGUCAAACUUUGGGGAUGCCGAGAAGCUCCUUCCAAGACCUCUGCCUGCAUCUAUGAUUGAUUCUCAAGUGAUGAAACAACACGAAAAUGAUGCUGAAGCUGAAGUUAUCGAGGAAGAAGAGCCUGUAGGUUCUGUUGAGGAGUUAUCUGAACGUGAUUUGCUAGAAAUACAUAUAAAGCAUGCAAAAAGUGUUCGGGCACGAUUGCGAAAGGAACGUCUUCGGAGGAUUGAACGGUGCAAACAGAGACUCGCCCUACUCCUACCUCCCCCAAGUGAGCUUGGCCGAAAUGAGACUGCUCCAUGAAAUUGGUUGGCAAUUAGGGGUCUGCUACAAUCCGAAAAUUGGCUUAUCCCACCAGCUAUAUCUUUCCUUUUAUCCCACGCCGGCAUGAGAGACUCUAUACCCGGAUAGCUGAUCCAUGUUGAAGAUGUGUAAGUACUUAAUUUGAGUUUUAAGCUUGAAGUGGGAUGAGGGAGAAGAUUUGAUGUGUUGUACACUAGUGUUCAAACUCACUGCUGCGUGCCAGCCCCCAUUUAAACUGCCUUCUUCAGAUGUAUUAUCCGAGGAUUCUAAAAAUUGAAGGAAUUGUAUGACAUAAACGUAACAGGAUUUUUUUUUUUCCAAAAGAAA